UUAUUUAUAAUUCUUCAAUUAAUGCUCCAAUUAUAAUGAACAAUAUGAAAGAAAGCAACGCAAGUAUUAGAACAUUCAGAUAAAUAAAAUAUGAUAUAGCUGAUAUAUGAAGAUAAUUGGUAAACUUAAAAAUUUUGAACAUUUAAAUAAGAUAAAAGACUAUUUUAAGAAAGAUAUAUGAAUAAUACCUAAAUAUAGAUUACAGAUAAUUGUGAUGUAUAAUAAAUAUGUCAUAGGUUAUACACAUGUUUUAUAGAGUUCUUUUUUUGUAAGAGGUGCAUAUUGAUAGAAAUUAUGGCUGGAAUAAAAUCUGCUAAAAGUACUUUACGUAAAAAAAUGAAAGAUAUUAUUACACAACUUAAUACUGAAGAGAAACAAAGACAAUCAAUGAAGGUAUUUGAUAAACUAUGUUCUCUACCACAGUUUCGAGAAAGCACAAGAAUUUCCUUAUAUCUAAGCACAAAAGAUGAAAUUGACACAAUUGAAAUAUUAAAAUAUAUAUUUGAAAGAAAAAAGGUCGUAUUUAUUCCUAGGUAUAAAGGAAAAGAAAUGGAAAUGGUUAAACUACUUUCGAUGCAAGAUUAUGAAACACUACCAUUAACCAAAUGGAAUAUUAAACAACCAAAUGUUAAUGAACUUAGGGAAAACGCAUUACAAACUGGUGGAUUAGAUUUAAUACUUAUACCAGGUGUUGCAUUUACUGCUAAUGGAAAACGUUUGGGACAUGGAAUGGGUUAUUAUGAUAAAUUUUUGGACUUAUGUUUAAAGAAACAACAAAAAAUACCGCACUUAAUUGCACUGGCAUUUAAUGAACAAUUGUGUGAAGAUAUUCCUACAUCUGAAAAUGAUAUACUUUUGGAUCUUGUACUUACAGAAAAAUAAUUUAUUAUGAGAAAAUUUACGUUUUGUAUUCAUGUUCUUAAUUUAACUGUAUUUUCUAAUAAAUAAGUUAAAUAUAAAAAUACAUUAACUAAUAUAAA